UACAAGAGCCCUACUCUGUAAAAAAUUCGUCAAUCUGCAAUUUGAAAUCCGCAGACUUCUCCUUCGUUCCUUUUACAGCAGCACAUGCAAAACAUUCAUCUCUCAGAGAUGUCACUGAGAGAGCAGAUUGAAAGCGGAGAGAGAGAUUUUCGCGUGAAAGAGCUACAAAAUUGAAGCUUUUUUUGAAUAUCUUGCGAAUUUCGGGAAGGGGCUUAAACACAACCCCCCCUCCCUUUUUUGCGUGUUCGGAGAUUUAGGGUUUAUGCGGCAACAAAUUGAAGCCAAGAUCGUGUUUUUCUGGAGUUGUAUUCCGUGCGAAUCGACGCUGAUACACACGUUUAUGCAGAUACGGUGAGUGUAUUGGGGGGUUUAAGUCUUUCGGUGAAAUAUUGAGGUGUGAAAUGGAGGGUCGGAGAAUUAGCGCGAGUCCUCGGCCGUGCUGCGGCCGCCGGGUGGUGGCGAAGAAACGGCCUCGUAGCGGCGGCGUAGACGGGUUCGUAAACAGCGUCAGGAAGCUCCAGCGGAGGGAGAUUUGCUCGAAGCGCGACCGGGCAUUCAGUAUGAGCGACGCCCAAGAGAGGUUUCGGAACAUUCGAUUGCAGGUGGAAUAUGAUACCCAUGAUCCAAAAGGGCAUUGCAGCAUGGUAUUGUCCUUUCUCAAAAAGAGGUCAAAAAUUAUUGAAAUAGUCGCUGCCCAUGACAUUGUCUUUGCUCUUGCGCAGUCCGGUGUUUGCGCAGCAUUUAGUCGAGAGACUAACCAGAGGAUAUGCUUUUUGAAUGUCAGUCCCGAUGAAGUUAUUAGAAGCUUGUUUUACAAUAAAAACAAUGAUUCUCUUAUCACAGUCUCUGUUUAUGCUUCAGACAACUUUAGUUCUUUGAAAUGCAGAACCACGAGAAUUGAGUACAUAAAGAGGGGUAAGCCAGAUGCAGGUUUUCCUCUUUUUGAGUCUGAGUCACUGAAAUGGCCUGGUUUUGUGGAGUUUGAUGACGUAAAUGGGAAAGUACUCACUCAUUCUGCUCAAGAUAGUAUAUACAAGGUGUUUGAUUUGAAAAACUAUACGAUGCUGUACUCCAUAUCAGACAAGAAUGUUCAAGAGAUCAAGAUCAGUCCUGGCAUCAUGCUGUUGAUCUUUACCAAAGCUUGUGGUCACGUUCCUCUUAAAAUUCUCUCAAUUGAGGAUGGUACAGUGCUCAAAACUUUCAAUCAUCUCCUUCAUCGGAAUAAGAAGGUGGAUUUCAUUGAACAAUUCAAUGAGAAGCUUCUCGUCAAGCAAGAAAAUGAGAAUCUGCAGAUUCUUGAUGUCCGCAAUUCUGAGCUAACAGAAGUUAGUAGAACUGAGUUUAUGACUCCAUCAGCAUUUAUAUUUCUGUAUGAGAACCAGUUGUUCCUAACGUUUAGGAACAGAACAGUGGCUGUUUGGAACUUUCGUGGGGAGCUGGUAACUUCUUUUGAGGAUCACCUCUUGUGGCAUCCCGACUGCAACACAAACAACAUAUAUAUAACAAGUGAUCAAGAUCUUAUUAUAUCUUACUGCAAAGCCGAUUCAGAUGAUUCAUUGUCAGAAGGAAACGGGUCUAUCAAUAUCAGCAAUAUAUUAACCGGAAAAUGCCUUGCUAAAAUACGAGCAAGCAGUAGCUUACCCAUAGACAAAUGCUGUUGUAGUGGCUGUUUUAGUGGCAGAAGUUGCAGCUCAAAGAAGCGGAUCCGAGCUUCUAGGCUUAGGAGCACAGUUGCGGAAGCCCUUGAAGACAUCACAGCUCUCUUCUACGAUGAAGAACGUAACGAGAUCUAUACUGGUAAUAGGCAUGGCCUGGUCCAUGUAUGGUCUAACUAAAGGUUGUGAGAUUGGUCUUCCAAAUGCUUGAUUCCACUCCGCUUCCUGCUGCAAGAGCUACCCGGAAAUUGUACUAUAGAAUGUUCUUCUUCAGUAGUGUAUCUGUUUCUUGUUGCUUUGCAUUCAUUCCUUUUCUUUCUUUUAUUCUUUUUCUCCAGUUUGGGAUUAUCUGGGUUUCGCGCCCUCCUAUGAUUGAGAAAUGUUUUAAUGUUCUGUUGUAGUGUGCUUUACAGCUCGGGGUUGUAAAACUCAGGGCUGUAGGCUGAAUUUGGAGUAAGGAAUGGCUGCUUUCGAGCAUUUUAGAUUUAAA